AUGGCCACCUCAACCAAGCCCCCAGCUCUCACAACCCAACCCCUCAUCAACAGCAUUCCAGCGGACCUCGCGCCCCAGUUCGAGCCAACAUACGUAGAGUACUACAACAACUACAGCGCCGGCCGUCUAGCCACACACCAGGUCCCCAUAAAAGAAUACCGUAAAGACCCGCUGCGAUACACCAUCAGCUACGGCCAUGAGAUCAUCGACGACGGCCCGCUCGUCAUCACCGAGGAACAGUGUCCCGUUGCCGACGGGACGAUAACCGUGCGCAUCUUCCAGCCGGACGAGGCGUCUGGUCAAAAGCCGCGGCCCGUGUACGUCAACUUCCACGGGGGCAGAUGGGCCUUUGGCGGUUUGGAGACGGAUAACGAGUUCUGCAAGCGGCUGGCGUUGGAGCUGGGAUGCAUGGUGUUUGACGUCGAUUACCGGCUCGCCCCUGAACACAAGUUCCCGACUGCUGUCAAUGACUGUUGGGCUGCUUUCAACUGGGUUCGAGAUGAGAAAGCAAAGUCAUUGAAUCUCGAUCUAGAAAAGGUAUCUGUCGGCGGCUGUUCAGCAGGCGGGCACCCCAGCGCCGUGAUAGCACACAAAUGCCGCGACAAAGUCAUCCCGCUCGCUUUCCAGCUACUAGGCGUCCCUGUGUGCGACCUGCACGUUUUCGAUCCCCAUGGUGAGUUGAGGGGAGACUGCCCAUACGAAUCCUACCGCGAGAUGUACCACACCGUGCCCCUUCCCGCGGAACGGAUGGGGUUCUUCCACAACCACUUCCUGGGCUGCCCGAGGCCCGAGCAAUUGGACGCAUAUCCUCUAGACUGGUUAGUGUCGCCUAUCAAGGCUCGAGAUUUUACAGGCCUGGCACCCGCUUUGAUACUGACAGCAGAGAUGGAUCCGCUGAGAGAAGAGGGCGAAGCGUAUGGCAAGAAGAUGAACGAGGCUGGGUCGCAGGCCGAGGUCAUCCGCCUCAAAGGAGCACCGCAUACCUGCAUGCAGAUGGACGCCAUCUUAGAGAGCGGCAAACAGAUUAACCGAGAGUCCAUACGGGCCCUUGGUAAUACUUUUGGCAAGCCUAGUUGA